AUGAUGAAUGAUAAUCGAAAAUCACCUUCUCGACGCGGUAUUAUGUUUUUUGUGGCACUAAUGGUCUUCAUCAUUGGAAUCCAGGGAACCUAUCUCGGCUAUGUUGUCGGGGUGUUGACAACUCUAGAGAAAAGAUUCGGGUUCACGAGUGAGAAAACGGGGUUUCUUCUCUCAUCUUAUGAUCUCGGACACACGAUUGCGAUUCUUUUGGCUGGAUAUUUUGGAUCAAAAGGACAUUUACCGAGAAUCACUGGAGCUGGUGUCUUUCUGAGCGGCCUUAGCAUGCUCCUUUUGGUGCUCCCAGCUGCAAUCUUUCAAUUGAGUGAAUCCGAAUCAGAGAAAGAUCUCAAAUUGGAGCGUUAUUCUCGUAACUUCAAAUGCAAUGCUGAUCGUUAUGAGUCAAGUGAAACUCAAAACUGUGAAGAUGAACACGAGGAGCAUUUGUGGGCAUUCAUUCUCUUAUUGAUCGGUCAAUUCUUUGCCGGUGUAUUCGCGGCUCCAUUCAACACUCUAGCCUACGUUUAUAUUGAUAACAAUGUGGAAGAUCGGAGGCAAUCACCGUUUUUAUUGGGUCUUUUGACAAGUAUGUAUGCUUUUGGACCAGCGUUGGGCUUCGGACUUUCAGCGUUAACAACAAGGAUCUACACAACUUUAGAUGAAGCUCCACAUCAUAUCUCGAAAUAUUCAACGGAUUGGAUUGGUGCCUGGUGGGCGGGUUUUCUUGUCUGCGGCUUCCUCUACCUCGUCUCUGGCUGUGCCAUAUCUCUUCCCAAAAUCUUACAAUUCACAAGAGGGUGUCGAAAUGCAUCCCUCAAACAUCCCCAUCUUCCACCAGGCACAAUAACAGAUGAACCAAAGACAAGCUGGACAGAGCUCGUUGAGAAGUGUCGAGAAUUUCCUUACGUGGUCCUCGAUCUAUGCAAGAAUCCCGUCUUCACCUCAAUGGUUGUUGGAUGGACAUUUGGUAAGAAUUUCAACUCUACAACUGGAUUUCAG